CGCACCGGAGCCGCUGCUAGGCGCAGCGCAGCAGCAGCGAAGAUGGAAGGAGCCUCCUUCGGAGCCGGCCGGGCUGGGGGGGCCUUCGACCCCCUGGAUUUCCUCAAGCAGCCGCAGACCCUGCUGCGGAUCACAUCCUGGCUCUUCUCCAUCGUGGUGUUCGGCUCCAUCGUGAACGAGGGCUACGUCAACAGGGACAACACCACCCCCGAGCUGCACUGCAUCUACAACGAGAACGAGGGGGCCUGCAGCUACGGCAUCUCCAUCGGCAUCAUCGCCUUCUUCACCUGCGUCUUCUUCCUCAUCGUGGAUCUCCACUUCCAACAGAUCAGCAGCGUGAAGGACCGGAAACGGGCCGUCCUGCUGGACCUCGGCGUGUCAGGGAUCCUGUCGUUCCUGUGGUUCGUCGCCUUCUGCUUCCUAGCAAACCAGUGGCAGCGGACGCUGUCGAGCAAGGGGGUGUGGCAAGGAGCCGACGCCGCGCGGGCAGCCAUCGCCUUCUCCUUCUUCUCCAUCCUCACCUGGGUCGGCCUCACGGUGAAGGCCCUGCAGAGAUACCGCCUGGGAACUGACAUGUCUCUCUUUGCCACGGAUCAGUUUGCGGCUGACCCCGACACAGGCUACCCGGGCUACCCCACUGGCAGCGGGAUCGAGAGCACGGAAACCUACCAGAGCCCCCCGUUUACCGAGACCCUCGACGCCAACCCGAAGGGCUACCAAGUGCCAGCAUACUGAAGGACAGCGGGCUCGGCCAGGUCAUGUAAAAAU